AAGAAAAUUUUUGAUUUUUUAAUAUAAUUUGUUAAUUUUUUAAUUUUUUAGUGACUUUAAUUUUUAGAUUAAAACUGAAUGUUGCCAAUAGUAAUUACAUAACAGUAUUCUAGUUUUUUUGGUUAAGUAAAGAUUGAGAUUUGAAUGCUUGGUUGGUUGGUUUGCAGAAAAUAAACCAAAGAGAGAUGAAGAAGCCAAAGCAGCAGCUGCAGCAGCCAUGGUCAUGCACGAUCGUAUCCCCCAAUUGCCAGAUUCCAUUGUUCAUAACAUCCUCUCUUUGCUCCCGCCCAAAGAUGCAGCUCGCACCUCUAUCUUGUCCAAGGCAUGCCACCACCUAUACUCCACCUCCCCAUUCUUGGCAUUCGAAGUAGGUUUCGAGAACCCUGAUUACAUAAUCACUCCAAACGAGUAUAAAAAGAAGUUGGAUUUAGUCGACAAGUGCCUGCAACGCCACCUCCUGCAAAACCCUAACAUGCGUGCAUUCAAGAUGAGCAUUUCCUUCCCUUACACAAAAUCACUAGUCACUUGUUUACACAAGUGGGUGACCAUUGCGCUUGCCAGAAACAUUGAUGAGCUUAAUCUGGAUGUCACUUCAACAACCCAGUUCUAUAUUCUACCUAUGAGUGUCCCGAUUGCCAAUACGCUUAAAGUAGUCUCAUUAUCCUACUGUAAAUUGCAAAACAACUGCCUCGGAAAACUUCCUCAGCUACAGAAGUUGUCCCUUCACAGAGUUUACAUCGAAGAAGACAAUCAAUUCUUUGAAAACCUAGACUUUCAUUGUCCUUCUAUUGAGGACCUCAAACUUAGUCUGUGUCAGGGGCUGAACAGGCUUCACUUAGGCUCAACUCUGCUUCGAUUGAAGAAUGUCCACCUAGAUGCUGCCUUUGAUCUCAAGAGUAUCGAAAUCAAAGCACCUAAUAUUCAUAGAUUUUCGUUUUGCGGACAAGGAUUUUCAUCAUUCCAGCAUAAUUUGUCAGCUUGUACAGGUUUACAAACAUUAGAGUUAAGAGAAACUUUGAUCACUGACCAGGCAUUUCAAGAACUUAUGACACAGCUACCAAGCCUUGAGGUUUUGGGAUUGCAUUCUUGUAGCAUAUUGAAUAGAAUCAAGAUUUCUAGUCAAAAGCUCAGUCGGCUUGUCGUGCAUCAAUGCCUUGGAUUGUCAGUCACUGAGCUUGACACUCCAAAUCUGCUCUCAAUUCACUAUGCUGGAUACAAAAUGCCAUUCAUUUUCAUGAAUACACCUCAUCUUCGCAAUGUUGAUAUUGAAUUCUGGCUUCAAAGUCUUCAACUUAGUAAUUUGGAUAAAUUGAAGAAUUUUCUUCUCCAGUCAAGUCAUUCAAAGGAUUUUAAAUUGGUUAUGUUUUACCACCACAAUUCCAAGGUAUGUUCACUGUAAUUUUUCAUUGCUCAAUUUAUUUGUGUCUAUUUAUCCGCCUCAUUUAUUCUAUUUUUUUUUUUUAUGCAGCCUAUAUUUAUUCAAAAAAAGCUCAGUGAUAACCUCUCCCCACUAUAUCAUCUCAAGGAUUUCAAUCCCAUAGUAUAUAUUACUUCAAGGACAAAUGCAGAUUUCAUACAAUACUUGUGUGAAGUUCAAUCCGAUUCUCUUAUAUGUGGUAUGUCACCAUGACAAACUUGAGGUAUUGAAGUUUCUAUAAUAUACUCCCGAAUUUUUUUUAAUAUAUUUCCACUUCUUAAAGCAUAAUAUCUAUUUUUGCUCUUUUAACCUGAAUUACAGCUCUUACGUGAGAACAUGAAGAAGACGAUGAAAAGAGAAAGCUAGGGGUUGGCAGUGUCUCAUGGAUGGCUUUGGGAUUUUCACUUGUGAAUGAGCGAUGGAUGGGAUUGAUU